AUGUCUGACAUUCGCUAUCACAUCCUCGAAAUGUGGCACGUUUGGUGGGACUUCUUCAGGCGAGACGCAAGAAAUCACUGGCGCAACAUCUUCCUGCUUGUUCUAGCAGAUGCUAUAACUCGCAUUCUCGGUCUCGACGCCUCGUAUGGCCUCAAUCCGCUCCUCCUCUUCCCUCUGUUUCUCUACUCACUCGGACUCCUUGCUAGUGUCAUUGGUGAUACGUACUUCGAACUUACGGAAAAGCUCACAGGCGAUGCUCAGUACAAAAGCAAUCCACCUUCGGAAUCAGGCAGCAUAUCCAAACACAAUGCUCCGUCCGGAGGCAAGACUCGAAGCAAUCGUCAGCGUCCGCCUCAACGCAAUCGCAAACACAAAAGAAAUUAUCCAUCUCAAGGCAACCCACUAGCAAAAGGCACGCCCUCCUUCAAGGGCAAGCAUUCUUCUAAGAGCAAUCCACUUUGGCGGAACCAACUCAAACAAGGAUGGCGUGCUACCCUGAUGUUGCUCCUGGCAAUUACUGUCUGUAGUAUUCUGAUCCCGGACACCAGGAAUGGAACUCAUCAGAGGCUCUGGAGUAUUUUAUUUGGUUACUUACUCGCUCCCUUCUUCAAUCUCAUUAGCUACUUAUAUUUCGAACUUAUGGAAGAUCUACCAUGCAGUUCCCUUUCCAAGGCCAAUCCCCCAGACAGAGAACAACGCCCUCCAGGGCAUCCGCCCAAAAGCAAUCCUGCCAAACCCAAACGCAAGCCACCGUCCAAACCCAAACGCAAGGCCAAACGCAAGCCUCCGUCUCCAGGUAACCGGACACUCAAAGGUAAUCAUUCUACCGAAGGCAACCGCCAGUCCGAAACGGAUUCUCAUUCCAAUGGAAAUAAUGCAACAACAUGCAACGGUUCGCGUCAAAACAAUGCUCCUACGAACUACCUGGCAAGACUUGCACCAGAAAUCAGACUCCAGAUAUUCAAGCACUAUUUCACAGCCUUCCGUCCGGAGCGGAUCUACCGGGAGUCACACUACAAAGGACACUACUCCAAGAAUCUUUUGAAUGCACUACACGAUGGUUCAAACCAAAGACAGUACGAGGAAGCUUUAGAACAGUAUCAGAAAGCUUCUAACCUAAGCUUUUUACUCCCCGGAGGCGGUGUAGAGAAGGACUUUGUGGACAACCUGGAACCUUCUGCACUUUCGCCAUUGAAGGAGAUUACAUUUGGGCCAAGCGUCAUCGAGCGCCUGAUCCUCCCCGACAACCCGAGUCCCGAAUCCGGCCUUACAAAUACACUGAGACUCUUUAGCUUGAGGUCCAAACUCGCACAGGCAAAGGACUUACAUACUCUGACUCUGUAUCUCGGAGAAACUGGGGAAAUCGUAGCCAGAAUGUCGUUUUUGUUCCUCUUCAUCAGCAUCACGACAUUUCAAAAGCUGGGCAAGAUGCGAUUCUGCUUUCCCUCGAAAUCGACAAGCAAGGAAAGAGCAGAGAAAGCCUUGUUCAUGCUCCAUCAAGACCUUAGCAUGGGGAUGAACAUCCCGGUCCACAGAAUUCCACAGUCUUCAGAGAUAUUUGGCUGUCAACACGACAAUUAUGGGUUCAUUUGGCACUGUCGGAGUGGAAGAAAUAUUGAGAUUGAGUUCACAAUCUACGAUGGAUGA